AUGUUGUACAGAAUUGGAUAUGUCGGCCUUGGUAACAUGGGGCGUCCCAUAUUCACAAAUCUCGCCAAUUUCGCUGCGGCUAAUGGACUGCCAGCGCCGUGCGCUUGGAAUAUCGAUCAGAGUAGCUACAGGGAGAUUCAGUCGGACCUGAAAGAAGUACACCUAGCAGGAGAGGUAGAGGAGGUCAUCAAGAGGUCCAAUGUUGUCUUCACCUGCUUGUUGAAUGAUGAAGUCGCCGAAAAGGUUUAUCAGAAACUGUACGCCGCUGUAGGGUCCGAGAAGGUUAUUUUCAUCGACCAAUCCAGCUUGAGACCUAAGACAUCCACGCGACUAGAGAAAGCAGCUCAUACGGUUGGUGCGUCGUACCUAGCUGCACCUGUCUUUGGUCGACCAAACGCGGCCAAGGCAGCUACGCUGGUACAGAUACUCGGAGGCGAACCUGAGGUCAAAGAGUUGGUGAAACCAAUUCUCGUACCCGCUAUUGCUACUCGUACAGUGGAUGCAGGUGAUGAAGUUGCCAAAGGCAACAGUCUCAUUUUGGGAAUUGUCGAAAUGUUGGCAGAAACGUACGCUGUGGCAGAUACUAUCGACUUUGACGCAAAGGUGUAUCAAAGCUUCAUCCGCGACUUCCUUCCAGUCUACCCGUACAUCGCUUAUGGCCACAACAUCAGUACAGGCAGCUUCAAGGGGGCCGGCGGCUUUAGACUAGAAGCAGGUCUAAAAGACGCUCGCAAUAUCCUUUCAUUGGGCGAAGAUUUUGGCAAGAGAGUCUCAAUGCCCACUAUAGAACUGGCCAAGAAGCACUUGGAACGCGCAGAAGAAUUAUGCGGAGAGGACAUUGAUUGGUCUGCAUUGGCCGUCGCAUUGCGUGAACAAGCGGGACUUGCACCCUUCCGUUGA